AUGGAAAAGUUAUUUGAAGUAUUCCCUUGCUCUGCAACUCAGAAAAUACUUUUGGCUACCUACACCCUAAAGGAUGAAGCCCGGAGAUUGUGGCUGGACCGAAAAGUUUCUGAAUUCCAAGAACUUAAGCAAGGGAAGAUGUCAGUAGCUGAGUACGAGGCUAAGUUCAUCGAGUUGGCCAGAUCUGCUCCUCGCAUAGUGGACACAGACUAUAAGAAAGCACGAAUGUUCAAGGGAGGACUAGACUUGGAAAUAUUUGAUCGAGUAGGCAUUCUGAAAUUGCCUACUUAUGUGGAAGUGCUUGACAGGGCAUUAAUGGUAGAAGCCAUAAUAGCAACCAAGAAACAAGCUAUAACUUCAACGACAAAAUGGAGAAGUAAAAGAUCCGGAUUCCAUUUUAAGAAGGGCCGAUCAUUUUCGAAGAAACAAAACACAGGAUCUUCCAGUAGCUCUAGUCAAAGUAGCGGAUCUAUUCCAAAUUGCCCCAACUGCGGAAGGAAGCAUAAAGGUGCAUGUUACCGUGUAUCAGGUGCGUGUUUCUGA